AACUCACAAUAUUCAACCAAUCGAUAUUCUGAUACUUUGAAUACUAACUCUGGAAACAAUAUGUAUUAUGGUGGUCACAAUAGAACUUCUUCUUAUGGAAGUAACGAUGGUUAUGGUUUCAAUACUCAGCCUUAUCCUCCUUCUCAAACCUUUCAACCUGCCCCUCCUACACCAAUGCCAAGCCGAAAUUCUUAUACGCCUUACUAUGGUAAUUAUGGUCAAUCUGACUCUGGUAUAACUUCUACUCCUCCUCCUCCUCCUCCUCAGGUUCCUGUACCUUCUACAUCGUCUUCUUUAUCUAUGCCUCAACCUACCAACUAUUCAAUGCCUCAACAUUCUACAACCGAACCACAAGCAUCACUUGUAUACCCUCCUCCUGAUUAUCAAGUCCAUAGAACCCCACCUGAAUCACCUGGAGCUCAGUUCAAUACUACCGACCAACAAACAACCCCUCCAUCAGUUCCACUUCAUUCUCAUCCUUAUCCACCCGUUGGUUACAAUCGACCUUCAUCUCAAGAUUAUAUUAGUACUUUCCGUCAAUCUCAAAUUCAACAAACUUCUAGUACCACUUCAACACCAUCCUCCGAAUCUACUCAAACUCCUCCACUUGGGCACCAAAGAACUCCUUCUUCUAUGCGGAAUAUCAUACACAAUACCAUAGAACGUCCACGUUAUGCAAUGAGACCUGCUCAAAUUGAUGUUACUGAUGGUUCUUCUAAUCAAAAUGAAGAAAUACCUUUUAUUCCUGUUUCUCCUGAUACUAGUGACGAUGAAGAUCAUUCUCCAACUCCAAUUGAACAAAAACAACAAUUACCUCCUCCUCCUGCCACUCCUACUCACAAUGUCAUUGUAGAACCAACUAUCUUACAAUCCUCAACUCAAUAUAUCAAAACAGAUCAUACUUCCCAACAACUAAAUGACAGACAAAAUGCACCUUUACCACCUCCACCUUCGCCACCUGCUGUGCCUCCUAGACAACGACCCAAUUCUUUAUCCUCUGAUCUGGAUCCUUCAUUACUUUCUGGAUUAUCUCGUGCCUUUAUCAGACGGAUCAAAGCUUUGGAACAUGUUCGAGAAUUAUUUUGUGCCAAUGAAUAUCCUGAAUCUUUUACUGGUUCUGAAGCUGUGACUGCACUGCGCAAUAUUCUCGGUGAGAAGAUUCCGGAAAGUUACUGUAUCAAAGUUGCCAAUGCUCUUAUGCAUAGUCGCCCUGGUUUGUUUGAUCCUGUCCAUUACUCACAAAAAUCUCUUAUCACUGGUACUGUCUACAACUCUCCUGAUGAACUCUAUACCUUUGAUGAAGAUGCUGGUUCUGAUGAUGUUCCUCAUGGUGUUUUCACCAGUCUUACUAAAUGUUAUACUUAUGAUUGUUCUCCUGAUCAAGGUGGUUGUUAUGCUCCAAGAUGUCCAAAUAAACAAGAAAUCUUUGAGGAAGAAUUUUUGUCUGGAACAAGUUUAUCCCGUCAAGCAUCUAUCAAAUCGAAUGCUUCAGGCAAUACAAAGACAUUGGUCGUUAUCCCUCUACUUGAAAGUAAUAUCAUUGAUGGGCAAAAACGAAAACAAUUUGUCAAGGAAGUAUUCAACAAUUACUAUGAAUUACGUGAUAUCAGCACUGCUCUUUUCAAAGAUCUUUUGGAACUACAACGACGAUACGAUCAAAAAUGUGUACCGAUGAUCGGUGAUAUUAUGGUACAACAUUUCCCAUUUUUUGAAAAACCAUUUACGACCUAUUGUCCUCAUGUCCCUUUGGCAGAAUAUAUUGUUGGUAUGGAAGCUCAAGAAAAUCCAGAAUUUAGCAAGUUUUUGACUGAAGUGGCGAAACAUCAACGAAUGCGUCGAUUAGCUUUCCGUCACUUUUUAUUAAACCCUGUGACUCGAAUGCAACGUUAUAAGCUCUUGUUAUCGGCUGUGUUAAAGAAGACGGAUGAAGAUCAUGCGGAUUAUACCUACCUGAAUCGAUGUAUUGAAAUGAUUGGUGAAGUGGCUGCCAAGGCUGAUGCUCAAACUGCUGCUACAGAAAAACGGGUGGAAAUUUUACAAAUUGAUGAUGCUCUGGUAUUCAAGCAAGGUGAAGCUUAUGAACUUCAACUAGUGGAUAUUCAUCGCAAACUUUAUCAUCGUGGUGAAUUGAAACGGAAACCAACCAAUGUUGACGUGUCAGAAAAAUCUGAUAUUCAUGCAUUUGUAUUUGAUCAUGUCUUUUUAAUGACCAAACACCGAAAGACUAGUACUGGUGAUGAAUAUCGCGUUUGGAAACGACCUAUCCCAUUACAAAUGCUUUUUAUUCAAGGAUCUGCUGAUUAUGCUGGUGGAGGAUCAACUAUACGUACUCCUUCAGGGGGAGGACCUUAUGGUGUUUAUACUGGUUCUAUUCCUGGAGUGACUGGUGGUAGUGGUGUAUCUGGAACUGCUGGGGCUAUCUCUUUGACACUUUAUCAUCUUGGUCAACGAGGUGGUGUAUAUACUUUCUUUUGUAGUACAGUAGAUGAAAAGCAACAAUGGAUCAAGGCCAUUGAAGACGCCAAGGCUACUUUGAAACGUCGGCAAGGUGAUAACGAUGUAUUCGAAUUACGUACUUUGGAUGAUUCUUCUUUCCGAUUCAUCAGUUCUACUACUGCUUCUGGUGGACAAGGAAAAGUGACCUGUUCUGUUCCUUUCGUGACCAUUGAUCAUGAAUACAAGGUUGCUAUUGGUACAGAUGCUGGUGUAUAUUUCAAAACAGUAAAUCAGAACAAUUUGCGACGUGUGAUUAAUUGUGAAAAUGUGACUCAAUUGGCAGUAAUGGAUAAACACCAUAUUCUACUUGUUUUGGCUGAUAAGACAUUGAAGGCUUAUCCUGUGGAUGCACUCAAUUCACCCACUAAUAUUCGAUCUCCAGAACGACUUGCUCAAGAAAUCGCACAACAUGUUAGUUUCUUCCAUGUUGGAUUUUGUAACAACCGGGAUUUAUUGGUCUACAAGAAAAAGAAGAACACAUCAUCCACAUUUUCAGCAUUGGAACCUAUUUGUGAUUUACGUGAUCCAAGGAACGAAAAAUUACUGACACAACGAACUGGUUUCUUGGGUCAACGAUCAAGCACUUCAUGGUUCAAAAAAUACAUGGACUUUUACGUUGGUGCUGAUGCUACUAAUCUCCAUUUUUUGAAAUCAAAAGUGAAUGUUGUUUGUGAACGUGGUUUUGAAAUUAUUGAUCCUGAAAAUCUUAGUGUGGCUCGUGAUAUCCCCGAUCAAGAAGAUCCUCAAUUCAAUUUUGUCCAAAGACAAACUGAACCAUUGAAACCUUUGGCUAUGUAUAGAAUUCAAGAUAAGUUUUUACUCUGUUAUAACAAAUUUGCUUUCUAUGUGAACAAUCGAAAUGGAUCUUUGGUAAUGCGUGGUUCUGGAAGAUCACCACUUUUAUGCGAAUGGGAAGGCAAUCCUGAUCAUAUCGUAUACCAACAUCCUUACAUUGUAGCUGUUAGUAGUCAAUUUAUUGAAGUUCGACAUGUGGAUACUGGCGAACUUGUUCAAAUCAUUCCUGGUGACAAUAUUCGAUUGACUUAUUAUAAUGGUGGUGGAGAUAUGCCGAUAAUCCAUGGUUGUAUGACGCAUUCACAGAAACCAGAUACUCAACAUGUAUUCAAUCUAUGGUUAGACCCGGAACGAGCAAAUAACUCUGGAUACCCAUCAAGGAGACAUGUGUUUAGUUGA